CGGCCGCCUCGGGUUACAGGGUUACAGGCGCUCCUGCCCGUGCAGCAGCGGGACACCAUGGAGCACUCCCUGCACCGUGUCUCCCUCGGGAGCCAGCGCGCCCACCGGGACUUGUCCUUCUACCUCACCACCUUUGGUCAGCUGAAGCUGUCCAUUGAAGCCCGGGACCGGGUUCUGCUGCUCCACAUCAUAGAAGGCAAAGGCCUGAUAAGCAAAGAGCCUGGCACCUGUGAUCCCUAUGUGAAGAUGUCUUUGAUCCCAGAAGAUAAUCGAAUCCACCGUCAGAAGACGCGGACCGUUCCAAACUGCAGAGACCCAGCUUUCCAUGAGCACUUUUUCUUUCCCGUCCAAGAGGAGGAUGACCAGAAGCGUCUUCUGGUUGCCGUGUGGAACAGGGCCAGUGAGUCCAGACAGGGUGGACUCAUCGGCUGCAUGAGCUUUGGGGUGAAGUCCCUUCUGACUCCGGACAAGGAGAUCAGUGGCUGGUACUACCUUCUUGGGGAGGACCUGGGCCGGACCAAGCACCUGAAGGUGGCCAGGCGGCGACUGCGGCCGCUGAGAGAUGCAUACCCUCGGCUGAGAAUGCCAGGAGGUGGGGAUACUGAGAAUGGGGAGAAACUCAAGAUCACCAUCCCGAGGGGGAAGGACGGCUUUGGCUUCACCAUCUGCUGCGACUCUCCUGUCCGCGUCCAGGCGGUGGAUUCUGGGGGCCCGGCUGAGCGGGCAGGGCUGCAGCAGCUGGACACGGUGCUGCAACUGAAUGAGAGGCCGGUGGAGCACUGGAAAUGUGUGGAGCUGGCCCACGAGAUCCGGAGCUGCCCCAGCGAGAUCAUCCUGCUCGUGUGGCGCAUGGUCCCCCAGGUCAAGCCGGGGCCAGACGGCGGGGUCCUGCGGCGGGCCUCCUGCAAGUCGACACAUGACCUCCAGUCACCCCCCAACAAGCGGGAGAAGAACUGCACCCAUGGGGCCCAGGCACGGCCCGAGCAGCGCCACAGCUGCCACCUGGUGUGUGACAGCUCCGAUGGGUUGCUGCUUGGCGGCUGGGAGCGCUACACCGAGGUGGCCAAGCGUGGGGGCCAGCACACCCUGCCUGCCCUGUCCCGUGCCACCGCCCCCACCGACCCCAACUACAUCAUCCUGGCCCCGCUGAACCCCGGGAGCCAGCUGCUUCGACCUGUGUACCAGGAGGAUACCAUCCCGGAAGAAUCAGGGAGUCCCAGUAAAGGCAAGUCCUACACGGGCCUGGGGAAGAAGUCCCGGCUGAUGAAGACGGUGCAGACCAUGAAGGGCCAUGGGAACUACCAGAACUGCCCGGUCAUGAGGCCGCACGCCACACACUCAAGCUAUGGCACCUACGUCACCUUGGCCCCCAAAGUCCUGGUGUUCCCCGUCUUUGUUCAGCCUCUAGAUCUCUGUAACCCUGCGAGGACCCUCCUGUUGUCGGAGGAGCUGCUGCUGUACGAGGGGAGGAACAAGGCUGCCCAGGUGACACUGUUUGCCUACUCGGACCUGCUGCUCUUCACCAAGGAGGACGAGCCUGGCCGCUGUGACGUCCUGCGGAACCCCCUCUACCUCCAGAGUGUGAAGCUGCAGGAAGGUUCUUCAGAAGACCUGAAAUUCUGUGUGCUGUAUCUGGCAGAGAAGGCAGAGUGCUUAUUCACUUUGGAAGCGCACUCACAGGAGCAGAAGAAGAGAGUGUGCUGGUGCCUGUCGGAGAACAUCGCCAAGCAGCAACAGCUGGCGGCGUCGCCCCCAGAGAGCAAGAAACUCCACCCUUACGGCUCUCUCCAGCAGGAGAUCGGGCCUGUCAACUCCACCAGUGCUACCCAGGAUAGAAGCUUUACCUCAUCAGGACAGACUCUGAUUGGCUGAGCAAACCCAAGGGCGGGACUCUGCUUCUGACAACUUAACCCUUUCUUGGGCAUCCCCCACCACACAGUAACCUCACCUCACCUGGACCCAAAACGGAGGACCAAGAUGGCGGACCUAGGGUCAUCCGAGGGGAGUGGGCCCGAGGUCGUGUGUGGACUGGCAACAGCAGGACCACAGUGGUGUGAGAGGCCUUGUGGGCAUGUGCAGACUUGGCAGCAGAAAUCCCAAGUGGACAAGACUCAGAGCUUAUUUCCCUCCAAGGAGAAGGAGGCUAAGUGGCAUCUGGGCUUCCAGUGGUGGUUCCAGCACCCACUUUGGGGGCAGCAGGAGAGGUUGGAGAGGUCACCCCUGAUGGAGAACAACGCCGUGAUCCUCUGCUGCCAGAAGACGUCUCCACCCAUUCAUUCGUUUUUCAUCUGCAUACAUUCGCGCAUUCAUUCAAUGGAUAUUUCAGGGGCAUCUCCUUUAUGCCAGGCCCUGUGCUAGGAGCUGGGCACACUAUAGAGAAUGAGAUGGACACAGCCUCUGCUCUCAUCAAGAUUUCAGUCCUAGCAGGGAAUGAGCAUUAAAUAAAUUGACAACACACGCACAUGCACACACGUGAUUAUAAACUGUGAUAAUCUAUGAAGGAAAAGAACAGCUUCCUUUAAGAGGAAUUGUAUUUAGAUUGCUACACGUGGGGGUGGGGCAGGGAAGGGCGUAAGUUUUAAGCUGAGACCUGUGGACUGAAAAGGAGUUAGUCAGUCAAAGACUGGGAAAGAGUGUUCCAGGCCGAUGGAGGGGCAAGACAGGUGGGUCAGGGCCAGAUUGUGUAGGGCUUUGGCAGUUAACGUCUUCUUGAUUUCAUUCUAGAUACAGUGGGGAGCCACUGAAGGCUUUUGAGGAAGGGAGUCACAGGUACAUUUCUACAAGAUCAGAUUGCACAUGGUGGGGGCGCAAGUGGGUGUGAGACCAGUUAGGGGGCCCCUCCGGUCCUCCAGGUGAGAGGUGAUGGUGGGCUGUGCUGGACGGUGGCUGGGGAGGUGGGUAUGUGAAUGCCAGCCUCUGGGGUGAGAGGACUCCCUGCCCCAUCUCCCAUCUGCCCUCAUCCUCCCGGUGUCUUGCUCUCUCAGUGGAUGUUGAGGAUUGGGGCCUUCCUCACAGAGCCCCCUUCUGGCCAGGCCUGGGCUGGGACAUGCUGAGCUCUGGGAGUGUCCCUGGGAGUAGGAACAGUGAAUUCUCACCCAGUCUGGCCAAGGUGGGUACGUUCAUGGCCCUCAGGCCUUAGCAGGGGUGGCCUGUGCUGCCUUUCCAUUCCCAUGCUGAGCGGUCUGGUGAGAGGCUGGGACACAGUGUUCUGGCAACUGGCUUGCUUUGCUUUCUGUGGAGCUCCUCAGUGUCGAGGACGGGGGCUAGGUACAGCUCAGCCCCUCUGGUGGAGACUGUCCUGCCACACGGCUGAAGAAGACCUACCAAGGGGACAGUGAUUAGAGCCCAGCUCGCUCACUGCCUGUUGCACCCCCAGCUGGAGCUCAAGGUUGGGCAGCUCUCAUACCCUUUCUAACUGCCAGAACUAGAGGAAGGGAAGCUCAAGGCUACAGGUUUGAGGGACGUGGCUCAUCCACGUAUCUGUAGGGUCAGGGUCACUUGCACAGGAAAAGGUGGUCAGAGAGGCUGGAGAGAUGGCUCAGGCCAGAGAAGCCCCUGACCUUGGACACUGUCCAUGUUGUGUCAAUAAGACCUCAGUGCUUGUAGGGAAGGAUUCUUGUGCCCUUGUGAGUUUUCUCAGCUGCUGUGGCCGCUUGAACCCCCAAAAUGGUGGCCUAGAAGGGAAUAAGUUCCUUACCGCCCACUUGUCCUCUUUCUAAGUUAGGAAAGAUCCACAUACUGAAUCAACAGUCUAAUAGGGCAGGGGAUGGAUUUGCCCAUGAUCAGGCUAAUGCCCCCACCCAUCAAGGGAAUAGGUGCUGCCUGAUGGGGACUGGUGAUACACAGUGUCUCUGUCAGCCAGGGCGCAGCCCGCAGGGGGAAUUCUGAGAGGCUGAUCAGCUGGGUCUGCACAGACAGCAAGCUGCAUUUUGAUUUCAUUUGGUUCCCUCACCAAAUGACAUUAGGGGGAAUGUGAGGCACAGGAGAAUCGCCUGUCUGGGAAGGCAGCAAGCUUGUCUCUCCUGGACCUGGUGACCGACCUCUGUCCACCAGACAGAUGCAGAGGACAGGAGCUCUGGCCACAAAGAAAUGGACAGUCUGAAUGCAGCGCCAAGCUCUGGGGAUAGGACUUUCCACCCAGUCUGUCCUGACAAGUGGAUGCUCACAUGAGGGUCCCAGACCCAGCCGCUGUGGAAGUGGACAUCAGCUCCCGGUGGGCCCGGGCUGGUGUGCCCAGGACUGUGGUGAGCCACAGCACCAUUGCUGCUCUGCCUCUCAAAUCGAUGGAACAAUUAAUUUGGCUCCACGGGCUCGAAAAGAUGAAAUAUGACCUGGUGGCCACUACUCUGCAGCAUCCCAGUCCAUCCCAGCCGUCCAGGAUGAUGAACAAGCUAUCGAAAUUGCACUUGAGGGUCAUAAUCACGGGAAACAUUGCUGAGCCCCUCCCCGCCACAUAAAUCACACUAAGAAGCACACAAUGGCCUCUUUCCUGAUGGGCCAAUUGUCUUGGUUUGUUGUCUCAGGCCCGGGAGCUGGGAGGAUGGGAGCACAACCAUUUAUUGUUGGAAAGACCAUCUGUAUGAUUUGAAUACAAAGUGAUCCUUUCAGCUCCCCACACAUACGCCUGAGUCUCUACUGAUCUAGGUCUCUUGGCCCUGUGGGAGGUGGGACAACAUGGACCUCUUGGAAACAGUGA